GACUUAAUUUGGUGGUAAAUUCACUUUUUUUUUGGACUGCACCUGUUCACCUGGACCCACAUCACCACGUGAGCCUUACUUUUCAUCUUGGAUGAUAUAAAGAGAGAGAUUUUGGGGGCAUUUAAGGAAAGGAAAAAAAAAGUGACCAGGCUUUUUGAGGUGAGGACUUUGGCACAGGGUCUCGGGAGUGAUGGCGGCGUCUGCACCCUCCUCCUCUGGCGGCGAACCGGAUCCCAACUCGACAAAUUUACGACCACCGGGCUCAAGCUAUGAUGCUUGGUGUGGAGUUGCUCAUGGAUGUACUAGAAAAUUGGGAAUGAAGAUAUGUGGGUUUUUGCAGAAGAACAACAGUCUGGAGGAGAGGAGCAGGAUUGUGAGUUCCUUCAAGGAGCGCGCAGCCAAGAACCUGCUGUCCUGCGAUAACACCGGUGGAGAUGCGCAUUUCAGACGCACCGAGACCGACUUCUCCAACCUGUUCGCCAGAGAUCUGUUGCCUGCCAAAAAUGGAGAGGAGCCGACCAUGCAGUUCUUGCUCGAGGUUGUGGAAAUCCUCACUAACUACGUCCGGAAGACCUUUGAUAGAUCCACCAAGGUCCUGGACUUCCACCACCCGCACCAGCUGCUGGAGGGCAUGGAGGGCUUCAACCUGGAGCUCUCUGACCAGCCCGAGUCUCUGGAGCAGAUCCUGGUGGACUGCAGGGACACCCUGAAGUACGGAGUGAGGACAGGUCACCCCAGGUUCUUUAACCAGCUCUCCACUGGAUUAGACAUCGUCGGGUUGGCAGGAGAGUGGCUCACCUCCACAGCCAACACUAACAUGUUUACCUAUGAGAUCGCCCCUGUCUUUGUGCUCAUGGAGCAGCUGACACUGAAAAAGAUGAGAGAGAUAGUCGGCUGGCCUGAUGGAGAGGGAGAUGGCAUAUUUUCUCCAGGAGGAGCAAUCUCCAACAUGUACAGUGUGAUGAUUGCCAGAUACAAGUUCUUCCCUGAAGUCAAGACCAAAGGCAUGGCAGCUGCACCCAGACUGGUCCUCUUCACCUCAGAGCAUAGCCACUAUUCCAUCAAGAAAGCCAGUGCAGCACUGGGCUUCGGGACGGAGAACCUGAUCCUUUUGAGCACAGAUAAGAGGGGGAGAGUCAUCCCCGCUGAUUUGGAAGCCAAAGUAAUAGAGGCCAAGCAAAAGGGGUAUGUUCCGAUGUUUGUGAAUGCCACUGCUGGCACCACCGUCUAUGGAGCCUUUGAUCCCAUCAAUGAAAUCGCAGACAUCUGUGAAAAGUACAACAUGUGGCUUCAUGUGGACGGUGCAUGGGGUGGAGGUUUGCUGAUGUCCAGAAAACACAGACACAAGCUCAGUGGAGUGGAAAGGGCCAACUCAGUCACCUGGAACCCCCAUAAAAUGAUGGGAGUGCCGCUGCAGUGCUCUGCCGUUCUGGUCAGAGAGAGGGGAUUAUUACAAGGCUGCAACUCCAUGUGUGCUGGUUACCUCUUCCAGCCUGAUAAACAGUAUGAUGUUACAUACGACACAGGCGACAAGGCCAUUCAGUGUGGGCGACAUGUCGAUAUCUUCAAGUUCUGGCUCAUGUGGAAGGCAAAGGGAACAGUGGGAUUUGAACAGCAUAUCGACAAGUGCCUGGAUCUGUCAGCAUACCUCUACAAUAAAAUAAAAAACAGAGAAGGCUUCGAGAUGGUGUUCGACGGAGAGCCGCAGCACACUAAUGUGUGUUUCUGGUACAUUCCACCGAGCCUGCGCAGCUUGCCUGAUGGCGACGAGAAGCGGGAGAGGUUGCACAAGGUGGCCCCAAAGAUCAAGGCAAUGAUGAUGGAGUCCGGCACUACGAUGGUGGGUUACCAGCCACAGGGAGACAAGGUCAACUUCUUCCGUAUGGUCAUUUCCAACCCAGCCGCCACCAGGUCAGACAUCGACUUCCUGAUUGGGGAGAUCGAGCGACUUGGGAGCGACUUGUAAGAGCCUCACCUAAACCCCCCUAUUUUCCCCAAAAACAGUUGCGACUCUGGAGAGCCUCGAGCUUGGCUUCUUGUCUCUUUUGUCUCAUAAAGACGUUGAAAUUUUUUGCUUACAGAUCUUCUCUGGCAAUGCACAAGAAAUAAUACGCCCUGUGUGUCUCCUCUCUGUCUCUGUCUUUAGCAGCGAUGACAUGUAUUCAAAACAUUUACACACCAGGUUAUCAGAGAAAAAAGGACGUAAGUCAAAACGGUGGGAGAAUCAUAGAAGCACACUCAUAUUCUUGCUAAACCAUAUGUUUAGUGGAAUUUAUCCCAUAAUAAUGUUGAUUAAAUGAGAUUAAAAGUGUUUAGCGUCCAUGUUAAUAUGAAUUAGCAAGAAUAUCUGAGCACACAAAUGAUUCUUUCUAUAGCAGCUAUAAAAAAACGUAAUUUUACUGUUGUACAAUACGAAGGUCAGUAUUAAAAACAGACUGAAAUCAAAAUAUUUUUUCACAAGUAACAGAGCACAAUGUAGGGAACCUUAUAGUAUAGACAAAAUUAAUGUAUACGAUGUACUGACUGUUGGUGCUCCAUGUCGUCUGUGUAUUUAUCGAGCCAGAUGCACCGCCACAUUGUACCCUAGCUGUUAUUUCCCUUUGAUAUUACAUAGGUGGAAAUAUAUAACACAGUCGUUGUACUUGAUCGCUGUGUUUUUAGAGAUUUUUGUGUAGAUUGUGUAUAGUAUUGUUACAUUGCCUUUGUGUAAAAUGUGUCCUAGUUUUACAGUGAACAAAAAAAAGCCUAUAUGUAAAUGGACCACACAGUAUAGUAUGUAAUAGAUGAAUCACUUUAUUUAUAUCCAGAGAUUCUAAUUGUGGAUACGCUGUUCUGUUCCAUUUGUAAUGUAUCCUCCUUCCUAUUUGGAAACUCUGCUGUACAAUAUCACAAUGUUUUGGAUAACAUUGAAUUCUUUUAGUGUAUUUGUGAACCAAAGAAGGGUUACGUUACAUUUAUGAACAUGCCCUUAUUCUCCCUUAUGGAUGGAUUCAGAUGUUUAUAUAAGAAUACUUAACGUACCGCUCUUAACUUUAGUGCAAUCUAUGUUGUGUAACUGUGCAAUGUCAUUGUGAUUCACUGACUGAAUGUUGGCUCUAUGUGGGAGGCAUGACUGGCAGUGCGGCCGCGACUGCCGGUGCUUUGUUCAUGAUAAAAAGCACAAUGCUAAACCAUGAUCAUGGGGCAGCUUUUAUCCUGCAGACACGUGACUGUCUGUAUUAUAAUGUGUUGAGUGGAGUAAAACUAUAAUAUGCAAAAUUUUGUUUGUCUUAACACUGUAUCUCACUAUAGGCACACUUUUAUGUUGAGAAAAACAAAGUGAGAAACUGGGAUUAUUUAUCAUGAAGAAUUUUGCUUGAACAAUGAAAUGCACAGUGUUUGCUACUGUAAUAAGAUUUAUUGAACAAUUGUACAUUCCUGAAUUAGUGGGGUGGAAUAUCCCUUGUUAAAUUCAAUGUGGGCACUUUAACUUAACACCAUCAUUUGCAGAGUAUUAUUGUUGUAUCCACAGCACUAAUAAAGAC